AUGUCUCGAAAAGGCAGGUGCCUGAGCACGAGCAGCUGGCUCGUUGACCCACAAGGCGAUCAGAAAUCUAGCGCUCCACCGCCAGAUGAAGAGGCAGUGGUCGAAACCCCUCCGUCGCUUCCACCUCCUCCGAGCACAACUCACCGCGACGCUCCGACCCCUAGUUACCGUAGUAUCGCGGAGAUUGAGAAAAUCAUGCCGUACUUUGACGGUAAGAGCAUGCCGGUCGCGCAGUUCAUCCACGACUGCAAGGUCGCGAAGCGUUUCCUUCGACCAGCCGAUCACGAAUUUUUUAUCGCGUUGCUAAAAGCCCGAGUAAAAGACGGUGUCAGUUGCUACCUGCAACACAAGAUUUUCACGAGCGACGACGAGAUAUACGACGAACUCAAGCGCGCCUACGCCCCAUCGCGCGGCUUAUUACCCGAUUUGCUAGGUAAUCUGUCUCGCGCCCGGCAAGGAACUGACGAAAAAGUCGUAGAUUACGGCUUCAGGAUUUCGCGACUAUUACGCGCCGCGUCCGAUAAUAUUCGAGAAAACCUCGAACCGAAUCUUGUACCAGGAGCCCUGGAAAGUGCCGCUAUCUCCGCCUUGGCCAGCUUUACGAGAGGACUCCGCAGGGAAGUAGAAGAGGUAGUAGACCGGCAGAACCCUAAGUCCCUUGAAGCGGUCAUCGAUGUCGCGUUUAUGGCCGAAGCUAAAAUUGCCGACCCGGCAGCAUUUGACAAUGACCCUCCAAAAAACUUUCAACGGGUUCGCGCCAUCAACCCAUCGAGCCAAAAUCCCCGUCUGUGCUUCAACUGCAAUAAAGAGGGACAUAUAGCACGCAACUGUAGGGCCCCGCGACCGGGAGUCAUUUGCCGAAGUUGCAAUAAAGAGGAACAUAUCGCCCGUUACUGCCCGGAGCAUUUAAACGAGGACCCGCCAGUAAUCUCUGUCGCGAACCGCAAUAUCAAGGCAGGGCGAGCCAGAUUUUUGAUCGACACCGGAUCAGACCUGAAUUUGAUCAAACGCGCGUCCCUCCUAGACAGCAUUCCCAUAGAUCACCGUACCAUUUUCCAUCUCAGUGGAAUUAACGAUGAAUCAGUCGCCACUUUCGGCAGAGUUAUCCUCAGAUUCUUCAACAGACCUUGCCCUCUAGACAUCGGGCGGGACAAUUUCCCCAUUGAAUACGAUGGCAUAUUGGGCAUGGAAUUUUUAAGAACGCAGAAAGCCAUCUUGUCCUUCGCGGAUAACUGCAUCACUAUCGGCGGCCAAUCCUUUCGAGAGCUACCCAUCGUACAACACAAAACGCAUCUCUUGCGCGCUCGUACUAGAACACUCGUGAACGUCGGCUGCGAGUUCAGAGAAGGCAGCAGUUAUGUUCCUCACAACAAGGCAGGCCUUGGCAUUUUCGCCGGAGAAUGCAUCGUGAAAGCGCACGACCACCGCGCCCCUCUCUUUAUCGUCAAUGCAACAUCCUACGAUAUUAACCUCACUCUCCCUCCAAUCAAAAAACACGAGUUCGAGACCAGCGCUCGAAUAGUACCCAAAAAGGCGGGGCCUAACGGUGAGAAGAAAUGGAGGUUAGUGAUCGACUACCGUAUGUUAAAUGAAAAAACCAUCGCGUCCGCGUAUCCCCUGCCAAACAUCACGGAAAUCUUGGACCAACUCGGAAGCAGCAAAUAUUUUUCCACCCUCGAUCUACAAUCCGGAUUUUAUCAGGUACCGAUAGACCCUUCCGACGCACACAAAACUGCCUUCUCCACGCCUUACCAUCAUUUACAAUUCAAGCGGAUGCCAAUGGGCCUUAAACGUUCACCUUCGACCUUCUAG